CAAAUGAACAUGGAAGUGUGUAUUGAUAGCGUUAUAUCAGCUGUUGAAGCAGAACUAGGAGGUGCAGCAAGAGUGGAACUUUGUAGUAAUUUGGCUGAAGGAGGAACAACCCCAAGCUUAGGGUUGUUUAUAAAAAUCAAAGAACUAGUGAAGAUCCCAGUUUUCGUCAUGAUAAGACCAAGAGGUGGCGAUUUUCUGUAUAGUGGACUUGAUUUUGAUGUCAUGAAAAAGGAAAUAACAAUUUUUAAAAGUCAUGGUGCUGAUGGAUUUGUCUUCGGGAUCCUUACAAGAGAUGGAUCCAUUGAUGUUACAAGAUGCCAACUGUUGAAAGAUUUGUGUUCUCCUUCGCCUGUUACAUUCCACAGGGCUUUUGAUAUGGUCACAGACUACAAAACAGCUCUGGAAGAGGUCAUUAGUAUAGGAUGUGAAAGAUUGCUUACAAGUGGUCUAGAACCAACAGCGCUUGAGGGUCUUGACACAUUGAAGUCUUUAAUUGAACAGGCAAAUGGAAGGAUCCAGGUCAUGCCAGGUGGUGGUAUCAACAAAAGAAAUUUAGAAAGAAUAUUGAAAGGUUGUGGUGCACAAGAGUUUCAUUGCUCUGCAAGAAAGACCCAAGACUCUGAAAUGGUAGCAAGGACCAAUACAAUUCAUAUGGGGGCUGCUUGUUACCCUUCAGAAUACUCUACCAAAGUAACAGACAGAAAUAUUGUUAAGGAACUUGUUAGUAAAUGGAAAAGUUUUAAACACUGUUGAUUUUAAAAUAUUAUGCUGCUAUAGAUUGUUGCUGAAGAUUAUU